GGGUUGGGGUAGCUUGGGGAAGGAGAAAGAAGGAGCAGGAUGGAAGUGGUUAGGUGUCCGCAGCAUGGCACUUUAUGCUUUCUGAAGACCGGCGUCCGCGAUGGCCCGAAUAAAGGAAAGAGCUUCUACGUGUGCCCGGCGGACACAUGCAACUUUCUGAGGGCUAUUGACAUUCCUGUUUCUCACUGUUUAUUGCAUGAAGACAUGGUGGUAGAGCUUCAGGGCCUGUUUCUACCACAGGGCAAGAAAGAAUACAGGCUAUUGUUCCGAUGCACUAGAAGUAAGGCAGAGGGGAAGCGGUGGUGUGGAAAUAUCCCAUGGCAGGAUCCUAAUUCCAAAGGAUAUUCUGUAACCAGUAAGUCUCAGCAUGCAUCUGAGCCCCCUCAUUAUCCUUUCAGCCAGCAGAGAAACCCAUUCAAGGUACUUGACAAGAAUCAAGAACCUUCCCUCUGGAAGCAGUUCAUCAAGGGUGAAGAUGAGGAAAAGACAGCCCAUAAGAAGCAAAAGGAAAAGGGACAUCCACUCCUGGAUCAAGACAAGGUGCAGAAGCCUGAAUCUAAGUGCUGGAUGGAGAAGGAUCUCUCAUCUGGCCUGGUGGUAAAGGAAAAACCAUCUGCAGUUCAAGAGAAGCAGCGAGGGGAGAAGACAGAGUUUCAGUGUGACACAAAGGAGCUUGAAGGGAUGCACCAAAGAAAGCUGUUUGAGAUAAAAUCCAGACAGGUUCACAAGGAUGAGCUGAGAGAACCUCCCGUGUCUCAGGAGACAGCAAAUGGUGACAGUUACAUCCGAAAAGAAUCAGAACCUCCGAGGAAAGAGGAAACUAAGCCUUUGCCUCGAACUGUUCCCAGUCAACACCCAAUAAACCAGCCCCAGAAAGGAGGCCACCUCAGCCAGGAGCACCCCCAGAGCUGGGAGGUGGGAGAAACAAAGACAGAGGAUGACCCGAGCUGCUCGCAGACCCUCCAGAAGAGGCUGCUGCAGGGCCAUUCUCACGCACAGUCGGAGACCCGUGAUGUGUCUGCUCUGAAAGAACCAGCCGCUCAGCCUGCACCGCCGGCCACCCGGCAUCCCCGGGGAGAGGGAGAAGAUGUUGACACAAGCAGUGGUGACAGUGAGGAAGAGGACGUUGUUUUUGUUUCCUCCGAGCCAGGGAGCCCCUUACUCUUUGACCUGACUCCAGACUCACAGAAGAAGGAGAACCUUAAAUUCCCUGGCCAAAGUGAGCAAAGAAAGAUUUCUCCUGCCUCCGGUGUUUGCAAGAAAGGAGAACCUUUAGACCCAGCAGUCCAACGCGUGCACCUCACAGCACAACUGAAACAAAAGAAGAGCACUCUGGCAUCGGUGAACCUCCAGGCCCUUCCAGACAAGGGUCAGAAGUUGUUCAAGCAAAUUCAGGAGCUGGAGGAAGCCCUCGGGGCCCUCGCCCUCUACCCAGAGCAAGAUGCGAAUGAGAAGAGGAACACCCAAGUACCACAACAGUGGAACUCCACCAAAACGAGCUCUGACCCACCCCACUUGGUGCCUCCCAGACCCCUGCAGGGCCAGGAUCUGCAGCCUCUGGCUUCUCUGGGACUGAAGGCUGCCCGCCAGGAGAUUGCUGGAGGGUCCGGCCAGUGCCGUGGAGGCCCUACAAGCCAAGAUCGGCUUCACUUAGUGUGGAAAGUGACAAGUGAAGCCAUUGACGAGCUGCACCGAUCACUCGAGUCACGUCCUGAUGAGACAGUUGUGGCAGAGGAUCCAGUUGGGUUGAAGGUCCCUUUGCUGCUGCACCAGAAGCAGGCAUUAGCCUGGUUGCUGUGGCGGGAAAGUCAGAAGCCACCAGGAGGAAUUCUGGCGGAUGAUAUGGGAUUAGGGAAAACCUUGACAAUGAUUGCACUCAUCCUGACCCAGAAGAAUCAAGAGAAAAAGAAAGAAAAGGACAAAACCACGUCUUUGACUUGGCUUUCCAAAACUGACUCCUCUGAGUUCACUUCCCAUCGAACACUCAUCAUCUGUCCCGCUUCCUUGAUCCAUCACUGGAAAAAUGAGGUGCAGAAACGUGUGCGAAGCAACGAACUAAGAGUCUAUCUCUAUCAUGGGCCAAACCGGGAUCAAAAUGCGAAAGUCCUCUCUACGUAUGACAUCGUAAUCACUACCUACAGCCUUCUGGCCAAGGAGAUUCCCACAAAGGAGCAGGAAAGAGAGGUCCCGGGCGCAGAGCUCAGCGUGCAGGGUACUGUCUCACCAUUGCUUCGAAUCGUCUGGGCUCGAGUCAUCCUGGACGAAGCUCACACUGUUAAGAAUCCCCGGGUGCAGACGUCCAUGGCCGUGUGUAAGCUCCAGGCCCAAGCCCGUUGGGCUGUCACUGGAACCCCCAUUCAAAACAACUUGCUGGACAUGUAUUCCCUGCUGAAGUUUCUCCGUUGUUCUCCAUUUGAUGAAUUCAGUCUCUGGAAGAGUCAAGUUGACAAUGGUUCAAAGAAAGGAGGAGAACGGUUAAAUAUUUUAACCAAGAGCCUUUUGCUGCGGAGAACCAAAGACCAGCUGGACUCCACCGGCAAACCCUUGGUGGAGCUGCCCCAGCGUCAAUUUCAGGUGCACCGUUUAAAGCUUUCCGAAGAUGAAGAGACUGUUUACAAUGUUCUUUUUGCAAGAUCAAGGUCAGAUUUGCAGUCUUAUCUAAAAAGACAUGAAACUGGGGACAGAUCAUCUGCAAGAAGCCCUGAUAAUCCAUUCAAUAAAGUGGCCCAGGAGUUUGGGUCUGAUGGGCCCAGACGCCCUGUGGCAGGAGACCUGCAGGGGUCCAGCACGGUCCACAUACUGUCCCAGUUGCUGAGACUUCGCCAGUGCUGCUGUCACCUUUCUCUGCUGAAGUCGGCCCUGGAUCCGACAGAGCUGAAGAGUGAAGGCCUGGUCCUUUCCCUGGAAGAGCAGCUCAGUGCCUUGACCUUGUCCGAACUCCAUAGCUCAGAGUUGUCUGCUUCUGCGUCCCUUAAUGGCACCUGCUUCAAGGUGGAGCUUUUUGACAGCAUGAGGCAAAGCACCAAGAUUUCAUCGCUGUUGGCAGAACUGGAGGCAAUCCGAAGAAAUUCAGGGUCCCAAAAGAGUGUCAUCGUCUCCCAGUGGACCAGCAUGCUGGAGGUUGUAGCCUUGCACCUCAAGAGACACAGAGUGACUUAUGCCACCAUCAAUGGCUCUGUCAACCCCAAACAGAGAAUGGAUUUGGUGGAGGCGUUUAACAGCUCUGGAGGCCCUCAGGUCAUGCUGAUCUCUCUCUUGGCUGGAGGGGUUGGUCUAAACCUGACUGGAGGAAACCAUCUUUUUCUUCUGGACAUGCACUGGAAUCCAUCACUUGAAGAUCAAGCCUCUGACCGAAUUUACCGGGUGGGGCAGCAGAAGGAUGUUGUCAUACACAGAUUUGUUUGUGAAGGAACAGUGGAAGAGAAAAUCUUGCAGCUCCAGGAAAAAAAGAAAGAUUUGGCCAAACAGAUCCUAUCAGGAUCUGGAGAAUUUGUUACCAAGCUCACCUUGGCAGACCUCAAAAUCCUUUUUGGCAUCUAACUUCAUGUUUCUGGGGCUCAGAAUAGUGCCACUGUUGGUUUGUAUUAGGGUCUGGGCAUAACAACUAAGAAGCUUUGAGCUCUCCUUGGCAUUCCACUUCACUGGCAACUUACCCUGUUAACCAGUUGGGCGACCACUCAUGUUAACGCAUCAGCUUAUUUAAUGAGUGACAUAGAAACCAAUAAAUUACUUCAGAUAAAAUG